AUGUAUAACUUUAAAAAUUCUUCCAUCAAAGGAAAUUAUGCAUUAUUGAGAAUUCUUAUAUGCCUACUUGUUUUAUUUUCAUCAAUUACCUACGCAGAAGGCAACAGUGGGACAAGUGUUACUAUUCAAAGUGUUAUCUUGGGAAUUAUUCUCAUUGUGACUGGAGUUGUUUUUUGCUUCUUUGGAAGGAGAAUAUGGCGUCUGACCUUAUUUUUGUUAGGAUUCUAUAUCGGCUGCAUUUUUGGGUGGAUUAUUCUCACUAAUUUUGAACCGGAUGACGGUUAUGGUGGAUCAGCAAGCCCAACAAUUAUGUUAGUCCUUUCUUUGGUAUUCGGACUUGUUGGUGGCUUAUUAUUUGUUUUUUGCGCUUCAAUUGCAAUUUGGCUGUUAGGUGCACUUGCUGGUUAUGCGUUGGCAAUGUUCCUUCUUUCUUGGUCAUCUGGUGGAAUUAUUCAUUCAAAGACUGGUCAAAUUAUUUUUAUUGUGAUAUUUGCACUCGCUGGUCUCCUUCUAACCUUCUUCUUUGAAGAACACGUUAUCAUUAUUGGAACAUCAUUUAUUGGCUCUUAUGCACUCUUUAUUGGAAUUGAUAUGUUUGCAAAUACUGGAUUUUAUAAUUCAGUUCGUGCUUUUAUGGAUGGAAAUCAUGAUAUUGAUUACGAGGCGAAUACGAAAGUCUAUCUCAUGCUUGUAGGUAUGAUUGUUGUUUUCGUUAUUGGUGCAUUAUGCCAAUAUAAAUGGCAUCGUGGUGAUAAAUUCGGGCCCGAAGAUAGAAAAGGCAAACUCCGCUUUAGGUCAAAUAAGGAAAAUGUUUAA